UUUCGCGACCGAGCAGGCAUCAACACAACUCUUCGCCUGCGCGCCCGCCACGUUACGUACCCAGACACCAGGCAGACAUUACCGCGGUUUCAGGCAAUCCUCAACGUCCACGCCCUGCCUCUACACUCGAGACCCCGCCCGAGCUUGGGCGCGAUUAUGACAAGCAAGAUGAAGAACUUCAGCAUGAAUAAGGUGCUAAGCAGCAUCAAGAAAAAGCCGACAUUCUCCAAUGCAGGAAGUGGAAGUGGGAAUGGAAAUGGCGACGACGCGACAUCCGAUCCGACUGGUGAUGGUCCCGAGGCAACGGCAACCCGUUAUGUGAAACAAUUCUGCAUGUCUGAUAGCGGCAACUCGGGUGACGAAGUCGCUUUCCUACCAUCGAUCGUCGAGGCGGCCGAGUCGUCGCCGGCCGCCGCCGCAGAAUGCGCCCGCCUGAUUCGAAAAUACUUACAUCGUGACUAUUGGACUAAACCCUCAUUGCAAUACAACGCCAUCAUGCUCAUACGAAUCCUUGCCGAUAAUCCGGGUGCGACCUUCACGCGAAACAUGGAUAAGAAGUUUGCCGAUACCACCAAAGAGCUGCUCAGGUCAGGGAAGGACGGCAAUGUUCGACAGAUGCUCAUGGAGACAUUGGAUGCCUUCGAAAACACAAAGGGCUACGAUGAGAACCUGCAAUUCCUUAUCGAGAUGUGGAAAAGGGAGAAGGAAAAGGCAUACCGGGUCUACGGCCACCACAUUUCACCACCCCCACCCCAGCAGUACAGUCCCUACCUAUCACACCAUCAGUCGCUCCCGAACCAGCAGGAAUAUUUCCAUCGCGCCCAGCACACCUCCCGGCUUCCAGACCCCGUCGAACUCGCCAACCGCCUUGAAGAAGCCCGCACCUCCGCCAAACUUCUCGAGCAAGUAGUCGCCUGCACGCCACCCCAUGAAAUCCUUUCCAACGACCUGAUCAAAGAGUUUGCGGACCGGUGCACGAGUGCCUCGCGCAGUAUCCAGGAGUACAUGUCCGCCACGGACCCCGCCCCCGACAACGACACGAUGGAGAGCCUGAUCGACACCAACGAGCAGCUGCAGCAGUCGCUCAACCAUCACCAGCGCGCGGUACUGAACGCCAAGAAGCAGCUAGGCUUGGGCUCCCCCGGCUCCGAGAGCAUGAGCAGGCCAGGCUCGGUGGCGCCGGUAGUGAACGAGCAAAGCCGGCCACCUCCGGCGGCGGCGGGCACGAGUAAUUCUAGAAAUGAAGGCGUCCAGGACUGGUUGGCAAGUAGUAGCGCGGUUGCAGGUGGAAGUGGGAGUGGAAGCGGUAGCGGAAGUGGUCGGGGCGCCGGCGUUGGCGCCAGCAGCAGCAGUAGGGGAAAAGGCAAGGCGGCAGCUACCUCGUCUGAUGAUGACUGGGGCUUGAGCGACUCCAAGUUCGAACCCAUCUCUUCCAGGUCUAUAGCUGGUGGAUCUUCCUCCGCCGCCGCCGCGGGGCCUUCGAGGUCUCACGCAGGAACGCCGUAUCGUGACGAAGAGGACCCUUUCAGGGAUCCGAUCCAGCCUGAUUCUUCAGCGUCUUCGAUGCGGCGAGUACAACCGUCAACGUUGAGCACGACGAAUGAAAAAAAUAAUGAUGAAAGAUUAUCGUUCGAGCCAUAUCACCCUGGAUUUGGCGGUAGUGGUCACAACAAUAGCACGAGCGACGGGAAAGCGAGCAACUCGAUACCAGAGCCUGUCACGCCAGUUAGCGACGAUGGCUUGUACGGUAGCGGGGAUGUGCAUCGCUCGACCGGGGUCCAAAGAUGAGAUUUAACGGUACUUGGGCCGGCGAAUGAAUAGAUGACGAUAGCUACCCUUCCCUUUACCCGUCGUCAUUGUUAGGUUGGGAUAUUCGGGGGAUAGUUACGACGAUUUGGGAACAGGACGCGGCUCCGGGAGGAGAGCACCAGAACGAUGAACGAGGUGAUGAGCUGGGUUAAGUUCGCAUUUUUCAAAUCCGUUCAAUCAACCAGUCUUCACGAGGAGUGGUAUUUACUGCGCUCUUCGUCUCUCGCUAGAUUUACACCCUCGCAUUGUCAGCUCAUAUCCUUCAUCAUGUCUUGCUCCAUUCUGCCGAUCUGGUUUCAACUACUGCCAAGGAUU